AGUGGACUCUGCCCCCAGGGACAGGAACUAACCAGGCAGGGCCUCUUCAGUCCCGACUUGUGAACCCUGAUCAGUGUGACCAGAGCCAGGGUCAGAGAAACAUGGAGUGAGUGGUGCCGGGGAGGGAGGAGCGGCUGCUGAGGGGGGCUGAGCCUGGGCACUAAGGGGGUCUCCAGCUUGCUCAUGGUGGCGUACGUGGGUGGGACAGGGGAAGGGCUGGGGGAGGUGUGUGUGUGAGUUGCUAGGGGAGACCAGAGGAGAGGCUUGCUGGAUGGAGGUGGGGUUGCUCUGUGUCAAAAGACAAGAGAGAGGGAACCCUCCCAUCCCCACCUCAGGAGCUGUCUCUGCUUCCUUCCCAGGCCCAACACUGUCCAGCUGACGAGGAUGGAAUACGCCAUGAAGUCCCUCAGCCUUCUCUACCCCAGGUCCCUCUCCAGGUACGUGGCAGUCAGCACCUCGGUGGUGACCCAGAAGCUGCUGUCACAGUCCAGCCCGGAGGCCCCCAGGGCCCGGCCCUGCAGAGUAAGCAAUGCUGACCGGAGUGUGCGGAAGGGCAUCAUGACACACAGCCUUGAGGACCUCUGCCUCAAGGUCCAGGAUACCCUGAUGCUGGCAGACAAGCCUUUCUUCCUGGUGCUGGAGGAAGAUGGCACAAUUGUAGAGACAGAAGAGUAUUUCCAAUCCCUGACAGAUGACACCGUGCUCAUGGUCCUCCAUAAGGGGCAGAAAUGGCAGCCCCCAUCAGAGCAGGGCACUAGGUACCAACUCUCCCUCUCCCGUAAGCCUGCCAAGAAGAUUGAUGUGGCCCAAGUAACCUUCGACCUGUACAAGGUGAACCCACAGGACUUCAUUGGUUGCCUGAACGUGAAGGCGACUCUCUAUGGCACAUACUCCCUUUCCUAUGAUCUGCGCUGCUACGGCGCCAGGCGCAUCAUGAAAGAAGCUCUCCGCUGGGCCCUCUUCAGCACGCAGGCCGCAGGCCACGUGCUGCUCGGCACCUCCCGUUACCUGCAGCAGCUCCUGGAUGCCACAGAGGGAGGGCAGCCCUCCAAGAGCAAAGCCCCAUCCCUCAUCCCGACCUGUCUGAAGAUACUGCAAUGA